AUGAAUUUAAAAUCAAUUUUAACAAUUGUACUAGUGUUUUUAACAGUUACUUGCAAUUGUAAUGUAAUUGGAUACAGUGAUGUCGAUGAAGCCAGAGGGAAGAAGAAAAAAAUCGCGUUAUUUGUAUACUGGGCUGACAUUGUAAUAAAGAAGAUAUUUGUGCUGAAAUUGAUAUACGCCUUCGUAUUUUGGGUGGUUAUUCACAAAGCAGGCUACUUUCUGACCUGGUUCAUCAGCUAUCUUAAGGAAAAGAAGCACGAGCACCACGAUCAUCAUGCCCAUUAUAUCCCUCAUCAUCAUUAUGAUUACGAACCACCCGGCAGCUACGGACCGCCGAGUUACGAACCUUACAGAAGACAGAGCCAUCGUGUAUAG